GGGGCGUGGCCUUGGCGCCGUUGAGAUGGCGGCGGGUUGGAGCUGACUCCUGCUGAUUCCUCCUCUGCAAGGGCUGAUCAAAGGCCACCAGCAGCAGCAGCAGAGCCUGUGGAGGUGGAAGCAGAGCUGCAGGAAGCCCCAGAGCCAUGGGGGACAGCUCCCCUCCUUCCCCCGGGCUCCGGCAGGGCCUCCCGCAGGAGCCAGCCCCCAGGGCCAAGCGGCUGUCGGAUUCCGCCGUGCAGGUGCAGGCCCUGCAGUCAGCCAAGAAAGCCUGCGUGCUGAGGCGUGGCUGCAGCACUCCAGAUCCAGCAGGGAACCCUCUGCUGCCUUCCCCAGGCUCUGGCUGCUCCCUUUUCCUGGAUGAGAGCGGGCAGGACGAGCUCGGCGCCGGUUUCUCCGUCUCCAAGUACGACGACGUGGCCAUUUCCCUGGACAUCAGCAGGUGCUUCGAUGACAGCGAGCUGGACGAUUCCCUGCUGGAGCUGUCGGGCAGCGAGAAGGGGAGCUCUGCCUUCGAUUACACCGAGGAGGAGAUCCAGGAGAUCUUGGCAGAUGAUUCCACGGGAGCUGAGGAGCAGCACCUCGCCGGGGAAAGCCGAAAUGCGAGCGCAGAGAGCGACAAGGCCGAGAGCAGCGGCUGCACCGCGGGGACAGCGCUCAGUGAGGUGGCCUCAGAGGUGACAGAGGAGCCCCAGGAGCCCCUCUCAGGCUGUGACCUUGGCUUUUUGAGGGGCAGUGUUGCUCUGGAUGGGGCCCAGCUGCAGCAGGAGCUGGACCUUGACCUGCAGGAGCUGCUGAACCUGAGCCCGUUCGCCGCCGCCUGCGCCGGGGAGGCUCUGGAGGAGAAUAACCUGGAAGGAGAAACUUUGGAUGCAAUGAUAGAUGACUGCUUGGGAUAUUCCACAGCUGCUGGGAGCUGCAUUCCUGAGAAAUCCACGGAAGAGGCGAUGCCUAAAGGCCAGGAAAGCCUGGCUCAGGAUUGCCCAGGAAAAUCCGUGCCUUCAUCUGACCUCCCCUGUGGCCAGAGCACAGGGGAUGAGGGUCCAGCAUCGGUGUUGCCACCAAAAAAAGAACUUCCCAAAGCAGCAGUGAGCUGUUCCUCAAGGAAAUCAGGCUCUCCAGAGGGUGCUGAAGGGGAAUCCACAGGAGCUGAGCAGCCACCAGGCAGCACCAAAUUAAGUGGCACAGCUGUAGGCCAGACUGAAGAGCCACCCAGUGGGAAGAAAAGUGGCAAAAUAAUUCCUGUCCCACAAGAGGAGGAGGAAAGGCCAAAACAACGGAUCUGCAUUUCAGAAGCUCAGCCUGAGCAAAAGAAACAUUUCUCUCCAGGCUGUGCCCAUCCAAGUGAGGAAAAGUGUGGCUAUUACCUCAGACCCCGAAAUCUCCCAUCCCCCAGGCCCAGCUCUCCCCGAGUCCGCUUCACCUGGGGCCCUUUUGGCAGGAGCAGGUCGGAGCCUCCGCUGUGCACCAAAAAAUCCUGAGCCCUGGAGAGGAUCCUCAAUCCCUUCCCCGUGCUGAGAACCCCUCCCUGCCCUCCAUUAAAUGUUUUCCUCAUUAUUGUUGGAUUUUAAUUGGACAGAGAGGAGCCCCACACGCGCUUUACAACCCUGGCUUUGUUAUGGGCGCAGGUGGCAAAGGAAGAGGAGCCCACCCUCUUCCCUGUGAGGGGAAUCCAUGGAUUCCCCAUGGGAGCUGUGGCAUGGAUGGAAAGGGGUGGGAAAAAGAGCAGGGAGAAGUUUUAUUCCAUCCCACUGCUGCUGUCACACAGGAAUUGGGGGGAUGCUGAAGGUUUGUGUCCAAACCUUGGGGUGUCUUGUGGGGUCAGGGAGGUACCCGGGCCACAAAGGCAUCGCUGAAGGAAAGGAAGAACCUGUGGAAAUGUCAAACCCUUGGGGUCACCUCAGGCCAGCCGAGCCCAGGCCAUGGGUCUGGAGUUAAAGUGUAUUUCUGGAUUUCUUUCUCCAGCCAAGGGGUCCCCAAAACCCUCUGAAUUCCCCUCUCCCAUGGAGGUGCUUGGAAUCGCAUCCUUCCUGAGCUGUGCUGUAUUCCCAGCAUUUUCCAGUUGGCUCAGCUCCUUUCCCAAGCAGCUCCUUCCCUGCUGGGAAGGGUUUGAGCUGCCUCAGAGCCCCGGGGACGUGGGCUGGUGAGCUGAGGCUCCAAAGCAUUUCAUUCCCUGCUUCCCAGCUGCCCUUUCCUGCAGGAAGCACUGCAUUCCAGCCCUAAUUCCCAGCAGCUCUUGAUUUCUGCACCUCAGCCUUCCCUGGGGAUACAGGAGACGAAAGGACACGACCUGAAAGGAGCAUCCCUAAAAUCCAUGUGAUGUUUUCUGCCAGCCCCGCCGCCCUUUCCCUGGGUGUGGAUUCACACAGAGCUCCUUUUGCUGCUUCUCUGUGCUCUCCCAGCACGGAUCCCAUCCGUGGACGUAAUUGCUUGUGGGUUUUAUGGGAUAUGUGGGAAGGGCUGGCACAUUGCUCAGCAUUCCCGAGGGUUUUGAUGAAGGGAGCCCCAGGGGGAUGUGUGGGAGCAGGGAUCGCUCCCAGCCCCAUGGGAAGAGGAGUUGUUUGAGAUCCAGCGAUUUCAAAGAGCAGAGAGGCCAACUGGUGGUUCUUGAGCUGGGAAAGAGGCAAUUAUUUCCUGCUGGCCGCUCAUUUCCCUAUAAAAAUAGGAUAUUAAUAGGCCACCAGCCCCCUCCUGCCCACCCCUUUGCUCGGUGGCUGAUUCCCCAGGGAGCAGCUGCCCAAACGUGCUGGAAAUGCUGCCAGGCAGCGUGGAGCCUUUUCAGGGAGCACAGAGACUGUGGUCAGCCAGCCAUUGGGAAUUCUGUGGGGCACAAGGAAGGAAUAUUUCUGCCCUGGAGAGUCCCAGAGGCAGGCAGGAUUCUCUCAGGUCUCCCCAGUGCCAUAAUUUGGGUUUAAAUGCUGCCAACUCGGAGCAAAGCCGUUCCCAUCAUGGCAUGCUUUAUCCAGGAUCCAAAUAUCCAUGGAGAACUGGGUACCACGGGCUUUUCUAGCUCCUCUUGUCCCAGUAUCAGAGCAAUCAGAGGGGGUGAGGAAGCCAUGGAAUUUCCUGGGCAGUGCUGGAUGCUGACCCCAGACCUUCCCCAGGAUUUUGCUGCCUGCUCCCGGCCCAGCUCUGCUCUUGUAUCCCAAUUUUUACUGCACACUUAAAGGUUUGCAGCUUCAUUGCUCAAUAUAUUUCUGCUUUCAACUGAAUUAUACUCGAUCCAGGCCCUAAUUCAGCCUCUGGGCACUUCAUAAACCAGCAAGAGUUUGUUUAGCAAUGAACAUCCCGAGGGUGAGGAUGGAUCCAGGACCAGCACAUGGAAGGCACUGCCACAGAGUGCCUGGUUAAUAACUACAAGCACAUCUCUCUGGGAGGAAUCUCCCUUUUCCACAAGCGUAUUCCCAGCAGGAGACAGUGUUUGGAAGAGGAUGGCUCAACCUUGGCUGCCUCUCACAGCACCAUCCCUGCUGAGAGCCUGACACCGGGGUGAGAAACCUCCACAUCCCAAUUAAAUCCCUCCUACGCCGAAAUCAAUAAAGUGCUUACGCCACCGUCAGCCAGCCAGGGAUCUCCCCGGCCUCUGGGAUGGAGGGAAAGGGCAGGAAUGGGUUGGUUUGUUGUCUCCAAAUAGCUGAGAGAGCUUUUGCUGCUCUCUUGAGCACGCUGAGCUUGCUGCUCACCCUGAUCCACGUGUGAUCCCAGCUCCGCGGGCUCGGGGGAGAACAUCCAGCUCAGACAAGCUGGGAACCAGCACCUAAAGUUAGAUUAUCACCUUUGCUUUGCUCUCCUUCCCCCACGAGGCUGGGGGGCUGCCUGGGGAGGGGUGAGGACACACUUCAGAGCUGAGCAGAGACCAGAACCCAGCCAGGAGGGUUUGGCACCUUUUCAGGCAGCUGAGGUGGGGGAGCUGUGAAGGGGCUCCUCAAACUGGAGCUUGUGCAGGUCCUGAGAGCCGGCCCCGAGCUGUGCUGGCAGGGGAGGUUUUACCUGAGUGCUGUGUCACCUCUGCUCUCCAUCUGACAAAAAUAGACCUGACCUGAGCUGCUCUAUGGGCUGGCACCUCGCAGUGAGGCUUUUUGCAACUCACAGGGGCCGUGGCCUAUUUUGUGUUCUUCCAUCAUCAUCAUCAUCAUCACCCCAGUACUCUUUGAGCCCUGAGCGCAGCCCAGCUCCCCUCUCUUCAUUAGCUCAGCCUAACGAGGAGGGGACUGCUGGCAGAGCAAGGGCAAAAUUAAAUCCUAUUCCUGACUUGCCAACCAUCCCGAGUGUUUCCUCAGGGACCUUCUGGAGCAGUGGGAAUGAUGGGAGGGCCUCGUCCACCCAGGUGGGAUUUGGGGCUUGCCAAAGAGCGUGGGUGUGAUUAUUUCUCAGCCACCCUGUCCUCCUGCUCCUGCUUUCUCUCCUCACUCACCUUGGCAUCACCUUGGCAAAAAAAUGUCCUGCCUGGCCAAAAUCCCUGAAUUCAGAGCAGGGCCUGUGCUCGGUGCCACUCACCAGCCCUUGCCCUGGCAUUGCACCAGUCCCCUCCCAGGAAUGACAGCUUUAAUCUUUCAUGACAGGAAUUAUUUUAAACUCACUCACACAAGCUCUGGGUCCAGAGGGGACGGACCCUGGAGCUUCCAUCCCUGCCUGGGAGUGAUUUCCUCCCAGAGGCUUUCCCAGUGACUCUGGUGGCCUGGUGGUCACAUCAUCAGGCAGGGCUGGGGACACGGGGCUGGUGGUGACGCUGCCACUACCUCUGUGUGACCUUGGCAAAAUCACUCUGUGCCCUCUCCCCUCUGUGUCUGCUCUGGAGAUCGAGGACAGCAUGAGUUCUCUGCCUCACCUGGGUGCAGGGACAGCUCAGGACCCCUGGCACGGGUGACACAGGAGGAGCAGGCAGUGAGGGGUGCGUGGCACCUCACCAAAGUCACACAGCUCACCGUGAGCUCCCAGGAAAGUGGCACCGACACCUCCCAGCCCAGGCAGGAGCAGGACGUGGUUAUGGGCAGGAACACAACUCCCUGUUUACUCUCGGAUGCAGCCGAGGUGAUCCAAGGAUAAGGAAGAGCAGGGAAGUGGCCUAGUUUACAGAAAACCCCAAGUGCUGUCACAAUCGCAGACGCCUCCAUUGUGCCGCGGUGUUUUCCUCAUCGCUCCCUCCCUUUGGGAAUGUUUCAUUAAUCUCCCCGGAUCUGGCAGUUGUGAAGCAGCAACUUCAGAAAGGCAAUUCCUGGCCAAGGACGGGUGGCAGAGCUGAAAGCAUUCGGGGGUUGCUGCAGCCCCGACGAGGCCAAAUGCGACUCCAGCAACUUCCAGGGAUGGCUGGAGCGAAGGAAUUUCCACUCCCUGGAGCUCUGCAUCCCUAAUAAUCACCCCCAGCCCCCUGGAAUGCGAGAU